AUGGUGAAGGAAGCCAUCCGGGUGUACGCGCGGGUGAAGCCGCUGGGCAGGCGGCAGCAGGCGGGGAUGUAUUCAGUUGAUGACGAUGAGAAAUCUCUGUCCAGUCUGGAGAUUAUUGUGCCACGUGAUUUAGCAGAUGGGUUCGUCAAUAAUAAACGAGAGAGCUACAAGUUCAAAUUUCAGAAAAUUUUUGAUCAAGAGGCAAAACAAGAUGUGGUUUUUAACAGCAUUGCCAAACCAGUAGCAGAAUGUGUUUUGGCAGGAUAUAACGGUACUAUCUUUGCGUAUGGUCAGACGGGCAGUGGCAAAACUUUUACCAUCACAGGAGGAGCAGAACGUUACAGUGAUCGAGGCAUCAUUCCCAGGACUCUAUCUUAUAUUUUUGAUCAAUUGCAGAAGGAUAGCAGUAAAGUGUAUACAACUCAUGUUUCCUACUUAGAAAUCUACAAUGAAUGUGGUUAUGAUCUGCUGGACCCAAGACACGAGGCCUCCAGAUUGGAAGAUUUGCCAAAAGUGACAAUAAUGGAAGACCCUGAUCAGAACAUUCAUCUGAAAAACUUGUCUCUUCAGCAAGCAUCCAAUGAAGAGGAAGCCUUAAACCUACUCUUUUUGGGAGACACCAACAGAAUGAUUGCUGAGACACCAAUGAAUCAAGCCUCAACCCGAUCUCACUGCAUUUUCACUAUUCACAUCUCCAGCAAGGAACCUGGAUCUGCAACUAUCCGACACUCCAAGUUACACUUAGUAGACCUUGCUGGAUCAGAGCGUGUUGCAAAGACUGGAGUUGGAGGUCACUUGUUGACAGAAGCCAAAUAUAUCAACCUGUCGUUACAUUAUUUGGAACAGGUAAUAAUUGCCCUUGCAGAGAAAAACCGGUCCCACAUUCCUUACCGAAACUCUAUGAUGACCUCAGUGCUAAGAGACAGCCUGGGAGGAAACUGCAUGACUACCAUGAUAGCAACGCUCUCUAUAGACAAAAGAAAUAUAGACGAAUCUAUAUCAACCUGCAGAUUUGCACAGCGAGUUGCUCUUAUUAAGAAUGAAGCAAUUCUUAAUGAAGAAAUUGACCCCAGAUUGACGAUUGUCCAGCUGAAAAAGGAGAUCCAGGAGUUGAAGGAUGAGCUGGCGCUGGUGACUGGCAAGCAAAGAACAUCAGAGCUUUCACAAGAAGAACUACUUCAGUUGGAUGAGUUAAUUGAAACAUUUCUCGAAGAUAGUGAUCCUGAUAGCACUCUGGAUGUUGGUGCUGACAUGCGCAAGAUCAAGUAUUGCUUCAUUCAUGUGAAGCAACUAAUGAAUCAUUCAAAGAUUUCUGAUAAAAAACUGCUCUCACAACACGUCUCUGAAGAAAAAGACACUAACAAAGAAGCAGGAGAAGAAGAAUUGAAAAAACUGAAAGAACUCUUGCAGCAAAGAGACAAUGAAAUCAGUAUCCUUUCUGAGGUGGUAUCUUAUCUCCCACUCUUGUGGCGGGACAGGGGCCUGAGAGGAAAGUUGCCACUUGGAUGUCAGGAAGCUUUUGAAGUUUUCAAGAGGGACCAUGCUGACAGUAUAACCAUUGAGGACAACAAACAGCUUCUAAAACAGAGGUUUGCUGAAGCUAAAUGCCUUGGAGAAAAAUUAAAUGAAGUGAGAAAUAAAAUAAACCAUCUGAAAGGAGAGAUAACCCAGAGGCACAUUCAAAGGGCAGCUCUAGCUGUUUCCAGUCCUUCUGAAGAGCUAAAUACACUUGAUCCAGUAGAAGAGAAACUUCGAAUGCAAAUUGAAGAAGAAAAAAAAAGUUAUAAAGCAAUGUUCAAUCGCUUGAAAGGGCUGAAGGUAGAGAUUGAGCACCUGCAGCUUCUUAUGGAAAAAGUCAAGAUGAAGCUGCAAAAAGACUUUGAAGUCUGGUGGUCUGAAGAGGCAAUAAAUCUACAGCAGGAAAAGCCAGAGAUGGUUAGCUCACCAAAUACCGCAACUGUUUAUCCACAGUUUAUCAAAUCCUUGCAACAUCUAUCAACUAACAGUUUUUCAGAGACCACAAGAGUCAGCCCUAAUGAAGAUCCAGCUGGGAAAAACAAUUCAAUCACUUCUAGUAACCCUACUUUAAAAACAAGGACCCCACCAAGUUCAAGUACAUCUAUUCCUCUGACUGGAGACAGCCAGGCUGAUGCUGACAUCCUAGCUUUCAUUAAAGCAAGACAGAACAUCCUGCAAAAGAAAGGCUUGGGGAACAAAUGAAAUUCUUGUUGCAGUCCGCUAUUUCCUUUCAGAAACAAGUUAAAGAUCUUUAUUCUUUCCCUUCCUCUUCUGUUUAGAAACAGGUACGAAUAAGUAUUUUAGAUGUACGGGUUUAAUUGGUAAAGGUAUAGAAAUGACUUGUCUUUGACAGCAAAAUCCAUUUCUCUGGGGAAUGAUAUUCGAAUAUUUGCAUACAGUAUCUUCAGCUUGCAUUAAGAUUAAGCAAAACUAAAACAACCAAUCAGGAGUUUGCCAAAUAUGUUUGUUUAUUGAGAAUUCAUUGUAUGUUUUCUAAAUGUUAAAAUUAUCUAAUGUAUUAAUGCUCUUCUAUAUCUUCAAUCUGAGGAACACUUAUUACUACUUAUGGUAGUUUUGUUUGCAUUGAUUUGCAUAAGGCUUUAUUAAUUACAUUUAGUUGGCAUCCAGAGAUGUCUGCGCAAAAAUAGUAGUUAUCUGGGUUACAAAAUUCUAUAAAAUUUCAUUUAAGACUUUUUGCUGAUUUUUAUUUUUUUCCCCAAGGAAUAGUAGUUUUCAUAUCAGAUGAUUAGAAUACUGAGAUUGCAUUGUAAUAUGAAAAUAAAUUUUUAUUAGAAAGUAAUUCUAGAGUUCAAAAUUUCCCAACUGUUUUUUUCAUUUGAAUACAUUAAAUGUUGUGCAAAAUAUACACCUUUCCAGAAUAUACAGGUUUCAGAAGAAAAAAUGACACUUAAUGGGCGUAAAGUAAAACAGGGCAAAUACUUGUAAAACACAAAUGAGAUGUGAAAAUUUAAAUGCAGUUAUGUCUUAUAUACAAUGUAAAUUCACUAUUGACUCGGUACUACUUUAUUGCAUAAUACCUGGUUAUGCAACAACUUAUUUUACACACCAGACUAAAACAAAUCAAAAAAUGCAAUGCAAAAUACAGCCUAUUUCUCUGAGAUAUACAUACUUCCAGAUUGAAGCUAUCAUUUUUCAUGCUAGUGAUAAGCUUAUAGUCAUGCAUUUGGAAGGGUUUGGGUUGUUCACAUAAAAAUACAGCAAUAUAUUGGCAGAAGUCACAUAUCAUUCUCAAGGAUGUAUAUUUCCUUAAGUUGUUGAUACUUAAUUCUGUGGCAAAUUCGUAAUUAUUUAGAAGUACAUGGUGAAUUGGUAUGUUCAAAUCUACAGAAGAUAUGUUUAUCAAAUUAACAACUAAGAUGCAAUCAAUUAAGAAAUAUUAAAGUUAUACCUUUUUUCUGCAUUUUAAUUUUCUGUAAAAGUCAGCACAGCUACCACAUAAAUUGGUAAGCUUUAUGCAGAAUUUAGGAUGUACAAGGUGAGAUAAAAGUCAGAUCUAUUGUUGCUUUGGGAAGAGAGAGUUCAAGGAUUUGGUCAGAGGUGGGAAAAUCCACAGGUCUUCCCCCUUUUGUAUAUCUGCUUUGUUGGAGAUUACAUUAAAAUGUCCUUCU